UUUAAUAUCCGCGUCUUUCGUGGUUGGUUCUCGAAAGGAGAGAAAUCCCCUGUUCCUUUUUUUCCCAAAUCACCCGAACAAUCCCCAACUCCGAAAUCACCGAGAUAGAACAUCGAAUUUGAAUUCAGUUUCGACUGCUUCUCCCCUAAGUUCCUACGCCGAUUGUGAAAAGGUGGCAUUCUCAUGCGAUGCUUGGUUUUGUUGAUUGUUGAUGAUGAUGUCGAGGCCCGUGGUUCUUGUUUUUCUACUGGUAAUACUUAUAAUCACAUCGCAGUUUGAGUGGAAACAGCAACUUGCGAAUGAAAUAGAAGCAAGCCCAAUCAUCUCACAGAAGCAGCAACAGAUUUCAAAUAGAGAAGAAAUCAUUAAGGAAAAGAUAAUCUUAUCACAAGAGAAGAAUAUUCAACGGCUAAAUGAGCUUGUUCAGAGCCUUCAGCUACAGUUGUUGCAAUGCCGUGGCAGCAACAACACAAUAAAUGAUACUGGUAGUUCCUUUACAGCCAAUGGUAACGAAAUCGAGAACAAGCACAUGUUGGAGGACUAGUUAGAGCUAUGUUCCUAGCCGCCGCCUGGCUGUCAUGGUUACUCUUUGCGAGAGAUGCUAAUAUUACAAAUUGAAGCAGUUAACACACAAAAAUCGGCUAAAGAUUAGGUAGAUGACUUUCAAUAAAUCCAUGGAUCCCUGAUCACACCAAAGUCAGUUACCCGAGGUCUUUAGUUGUGGGUUUAUGAACUCUUUUUAAAUUAAAGUAAUUUUCUUGUAUGAAUGAGUGAUUAUUUGAUCUUUAGUAAAUUCUUGUAAUCAUAUCUA